ACAUUCUUGAUUCUUCUAACAUUUGAAAUGGGCUUUUUUUUUAAUGUGGAUCUCAUAUUGUCGUAUAUGGGCCUUUUUGUAUAAAGCCCAUUUAUUCUCUCUGCUGUUUGCAAACGUUCUUAGUUCUUACGUUGCGCUCUGCAAAGCGCUCUCUCUCGGGUCCCCGAGUGUUCCGUUGAUGAAGCGGGUUUCAAAUUCGCUCGCGCAUUCCUCCAUUGCUGCUAGCAAUCUUCGCAUACGAGUUUCGGGCGGAGAUUUCAAGAGAGAUCGGUGUUCUACACCUUUGCAGAUAAUAUCGGAAUCUUCAGCAAAGCCUGUCCUCAAUCCACUGUAUAAUCUCCUUCCCGCAACCCAAAACCCCAACAAAAUCGUCGAUCUCAUCUGCUUGGCUCUUACGCAACGAAAUUCCGGUUUAUCCGACCUUCGUGACGAGAUAAAGUCGCUGAUUCCCCACUUGGGUGACCGUGAAAUCUCUAGGGUUUUGCUGAGAUUCCAAUCCGAUGCUUCUCGGGCGCUCUCGUUCUUCAAUUGGGUCAAAUCCGAUUUGGGUAAGAGACCUAAUGCGCGUAAUUACUGUCUCUUGCUCCAUAUUCUUGCUUGGUCCAAGAGAUUCCCGUCGGCUAUGCGACUUUUGUGUGAAUUAAUCGAGUCUUUCGCAGAGAUUCCACGUAAGGAUGAUGUAUUUAGGGUUUUGGUCUCUGCAACCGAUGAUUGCAAUUGGGAUCCCAUUAUUUUCGAUAUGCUCGUCAAGGGUCACCUGAAAAUGGGUUUGGUACAAGACGGGUUUUUGGCAUUUAGAAAGGUUAUCGAUGCUGGUUUUCUUGUUAGUGCCGUCACUUGUAAUCAUCUCUUGAACGGGUUGCUAAAGCUGAAUUGUACGGACAAGUGCUGGGAAGUGUAUCAAGUAAUGGGGAGAUCAGGGAUUCAUCCCAACACUCAUACCUUUAAUAUAUUGACCAACGUUUUCUGCAAUGAUUCGGAUAUCCAAAAAGUUAAUGACUUCCUGGAGAAGAUGGAAGAGGAAGGGUUUGAACCUGAUCUGGUGACUUAUAACACAUUAGUGAGUAGUUAUUGUAGGAGAGGAAGGUUAGAAGAUGCAUUUUAUCUGUACAGGAUCAUGUACCGAAGGGGUGUUGUACCGGAUUUGGUCACUUAUACAUCAAUUAUAAAAGGUCUUUGUAGAGAAAAGAGGAUGAAAGAAGCUCAUGAGAUGUUCCAUAGGAUGGUACACAGAGGAAUAGCCCACGAUGUCAUCUCCUACAAUACUCUUAUCUAUGCGUAUUGUAAGGAAGGAAUGAUGGAAGAGUCCAAGUCAUUGUUAAACGAAAUGAUUGGGAACGGCAUUGUUCCAGACAGGUUUACUUGUAAAGUUGUAGUUGAGGGAUACGUAAGAGAAGGACGGUUAGUCGCAGCUGUGAAUUUGAUGGUUGAGCUUAGGAGAUUCGGGAUAUCUAUCCCCUCUGAGGUUUAUGACUAUCUGAUAGUUUCUUUGUGUCGGGAUGGUAGACCCUUUGCGGCAAAGAAUCUUCUAGAAAGAAUCGACGAGGAGGGCUAUGAAGGUAAACCAGAGGUGUAUAAUAAACUGAUGGAUUCUCUAUGUCAGUACAAUGCCAUUACUGAGGCCUUGCUUCUCAAAGGGAAAAUCACAGAUUGGAAUAUGGUACUUGAUUUCACUACAUACCGAGCUCUUAUAUGUUGUUUGUGUAGGGCCGGUAGAAAUCCUGAAGCCGAGUCCCUGAUGAUGGAAAUGCUUGACUCGAAAUUGAAACCCGAUGCUUAUAUAUGCGGGGCUCUGAUUGAUGGAUACUGCAAGGAACUAAAUUUCGAUAAAGCAGAGAGUCUGUUGGGUUAUUUUGCUAGAGAGUUUGGGAUAUUUGACACUGGAAGUUAUAAUUCGGUGGUGAAAGCGAUCUCUGAAGGGGGCGACGCUGCAGAUAAGCUGAUAUGUCUUCAGGAAAGAAUGCAGAGACUUGGGUUUGUUCCAAACAGCUUAACAUGUAAGUACAUGAUCCAAGGUUUGAGCAGAUUAACAGCGUGAUGUCUGAUUAGCAAUUAGAGACUUCAUGUUGAAAUGAAGUCUUUAGAUCCUUGCUUUUGGCGAUCACACUCGCAGCAUCCAUUGUAUUCGUAAACAUAAAAAUUAAUGAGUGAUAUGGGGGACAAAUCCAAAAAAAUCAUUAACUAUUUUA